UAUAAGAUUUAGCAAAAUGGGAAAUACAGUCUUAGAAUCAAGCACCCACAUUGUGGAUUAUAAAGGUCUAGAAGUUAGGGUCUCUCACAAAGACUUCGAGUUAUAUGAUGAACUUUUAAAACUCUGUAGAAAAGUAAAACAUCAGAUCAGAGACAUCAAUCUUGCCAACAAUCCUUUGACAGAAGAUACAGUAAAAAGCUUAUUGAAAGAUGCUACUAUAAUCAAAGAAAGUUUAGAAAGAAUGAAUGGAUGCUGGACUACAAUUUCUUCCGAUGAAUUCAUUACAAUCUGAGGAAAAAUCAAGGAAGCGUUCACACUAUCAAACGAGUACAAAGAGAACCAAGGAAGAUCUCCAAGUGAAUACUCUGAAAUCUUCCUUAGUACUUAUGCUUUGAGCUUUGAAAGUAUUAAACAGCUGCUUGAGUAUAUUCAAAAGACAGAUCCUAAUCCUGGACUUACUAAUGCUACUGCUAUUUUAAUCUUCAUUGUUAAAAAACUGGUAUCCGGUAUAAAAUCCAAUAAGACUACAAAAGAAUUUCUAGAUUCACUAAAGAAGUUAAUCUGAGAUGGAAAAAUCAUCCUUAUCAAUGAAUUUAACAGGUUGGCAAAGGCUCAUAAAUCCAAAAUUAUCGAACAAGAGCGUAAAUUCAUGUUCCAGCUUUCGUUCACACUUGAGUUCAAUGAUGAGUACUACGACGAAUGGACAGGUAUCACGCUUGCUUGAGAUUCUGAUUGGUAUGACAUUGAUAAUCAAAUUCAGAACAAAGAAAUGCUGGCUAAGUAUGUUAAAGGGAAAUACUCUAACUACUUUAAAAGAAUUAUCCUUGGCCCACUUCUAUCAGUCAUUGGGCCUAACAUAAGAAAUACAGAUGAAUUAGCCAUCAAUACCUCAGAGAUUAGCGAGACUAUCAACACUGAAGUUAAUAUGUAA